AUGCUGGCUGCUUCGGUCGACGACGAGCAGGCUGAAUCGGAGCUCUCUGAGAUUAAGGGUCAGGCUAAAAUGAUAUUUCGCCGCUUGAAUCGCAAUUCAGCACCCCAAGCCAGUAUUGAGUCUGGUCAAUACAGUCUACACUACACCAUCCAGGAUGAUAUCUGCUUUUUAUGCAUUUGCGACAAGUCCUACCCCCGCAAACUCGCAUUCACCUAUCUCGCUGAUCUGGCCUCCGAAUUCACGACUACCUAUACCUCCUCACAAUACCUCUCACCCACCCUCCGUCCGUAUGCUUUUGUCGAGUUUGAUACAUUUAUUCAACGCACAAAGAAGCUGUACCAAGACAGUCGCGCUUCUCAGAACCUCGACAAGUUGAACGAUGAGCUCCGUGAUGUUACCAAGGUGAUGACGAAGAAUAUCGAGGACCUCCUGUAUCGAGGCGAUAGUUUGGAGCGGAUGGGUGAGCUCUCAGGGCGGCUGCGCGAGGACAGCAAGAAGUACAGAAAGGCAGCUGUACGCAUCAACUGGGAAUUGUUGCUGAAGCAGGUGGGUCUAUACUUUGCGCCAGAUUUCCCCUGGACGAUUGGCUAA